AUGGACCCGCCGGCGACCAGAACCGCGCCGCCAAAAGCCGGUCACGCCGCAGCGCACGCCGUCGGGCCCCAGCAGAAGGUCAAGGUCAAGAAGCAGGUCGAUAGUGCCGAGAUCGCCAAGUUGGUCGCUGAGGAAAACGAGACCCGCGGCAAGUUCCCCAAGUACCCCGGGCUCGAGCGAUGGGUCCUCCUCGAGAAGAUGGGCGACGGCGCCUUCAGCAAUGUCUACCGAGCCCGCGACACCACGGGUGAGCACGGCGAGGUCGGCAUCAAGGUCGUGCGCAAGUACGAAAUGAACAGCAUGCAGAGGGCGAAUAUCCUCAAGGAAGUCCAGAUCAUGCGCCAACUUGAUCACCCCAACAUUAUCAAGCUCAUCGACUUUUCCGAGUCCCGCCAGUAUUACUACAUCAUCCUCGAGCUAGCCCCGGGUGGCGAACUCUUCCAUCAGAUUGUCCGCCUCACCUACUUCAGCGAAGAGCUCUCAAGGCAUGUCAUCGUGCAGGUUGCCAAGGCGCUCGAGUAUCUCCACGAGGAACGAGGUGUUGUUCAUAGGUAUGUACUUUCGUGCUCAUCACACGCGAUUCUCCACAUUCUUCCCACCGCAUCGCGCCCUCUUUGCCACGUUGUUGCUCCGUGGCGAGGCCACGAGGAUAUCAAGCCUGAGAAUAUUCUGUUUGACCCAGUGCCGUUCAUGCCGUCCAAGACCCCCAAGCCCAAGCAGCCCGGUGACGAAGACAAGGUGGAUGAGGGCGAGUUCGUUCCCGGCUAUGGCGCUGGCGGCAUUGGCCGCAUCAAGAUUGCCGACUUUGGCCUCUCCAAGGUUGUGUGGGACACCCAGACCAUGACGCCUUGCGGCACCGUCGGCUACACCGCGCCAGAGAUCGUUAAGGAUGAGCGGUACUCCAAGUCUGUGGACAUGUGGGCCCUCGGCUGUGUCCUGUACACGCUGCUCUGCGGUUUCCCCCCUUUCUACGACGAGAGCAUCGAGGUGUUGACCGAGAAGGUGGCCAAGGGACAGUUCACGUUCCUGUCACCGUGGUGGGGAUGA